UUGUUUAUUUCGCAUAAGCUACCUUUAAUGACUUCUAAAAAUUUAUCUUCUGUAAUUUCAAUGACUUCAUAUGAUUUAUCUUUAAUGGCUUCACAUUAUUCAUCUGAAGCUGAAAGAGAAACUGAAAAUGAAACACGUUCAAAACAUCCUGGAGGAAGACCACUAGAUUCUGUUUGGGAGCAUUUUGCUGCAACUCCAUUAAAAUCACUCGGCUAUUUUUCUGCAGUAUAUAAAUAUUGCAAUACUCAAUUUAGCCGUGGGCAUCCAAAUGAACUUGAGGUGCAUCUUGCAAAAGAAUGUGAAGGUGAAAGCCUUGAUGAUAAAAUAAGAAGCAAAUAUCUUGAAAUUGCGAUUCAGAGACAACUAUCAAAAGAAAAAACCAGUUCAAAAAAUCAAUCAAAAAAACAAAAAAUAAGUAUUAAUGAUUAUUGGGAAAACAAAAAUCAAUUUUUGGCAAGUUCUAAGAAGGAAGCAAUUGAUUCUGGAAGUUAUCUAAAACGAUAUAUAGAUGAAUUGAAUAUUAGCGGAGAUGGAUUGAAGCUUUUUAUAGAAACUAGAUGGACAUCUGCGUAUGAAACAGUUAAUUCUGUGUUUAGACUUAAACUUGUAUUAGAAAAGGGAAUGUAUACACAAAUUACCCUUUAUGCUGCACAAUUAUGGCAAUCGAUGGGAUACAAAGAUAAAUUAUCUGCACAAGCUCUUAUUGCUCAAAUUAUCAAAUUUAAGGAAAAAGAAUUUCCAUACAAUGUUGGAUAUGAUAGCCAACUAUCAUAUAAUGUGAAAAACAAAACUGAAGAUGAAUUAGUAGCAUUGAUUCAAAGGUCUUAUCUGUUUGAUGCCGAGGAUGAAAAUAAUAUAAGCGAAGACUAUAAAGAUGAAAAUAAUGGAGAAUCAGAUGAUGAUUUAGAGAUUUCUAAUCAUCAAGUAGUAGUUCUUGUUAUUAAUAAUGUUGUAGAUUUGUAUCAUCAAGCGUUUAAUCAAGUAGGGGAUUUGUAUGUCUCUAAUGAAGACAAUGUCAAUUCUGAUGUCGCUAUGAAUGAAGAUUAUGAAUUUAAUUUAGAAGAAUUAGUUCAAGAUCUUGAAUAA